GCCCACUCCGCCAUGCCUGUGUGAGUCUCAUUUUCUUGUUGUUUUAUAUUAGUGAAAAAAAACCCGGGACAUUUCAUCCCGAUAGACACGCAAAAACAUCCUGACCGCCUGUUUAUCUCUUGAAGGAGAUGUCGUCCUUGUGGCAGCAGGAGGUGUCGGGUUAUUCACCCUGCGUGGAGAUCGACUCAAGCUGCGUGAGGAGGAGCAAUGACAGGCUCGGCUCGCCGUCUUGGCUGAAGCAGGAGCACGACGACCUCCGUAUCAUCAAGUGGGAGAGCUUCCAAGCUGCGACCUCAGCAGAUGUGGUUCAAGACAACACGCCCAGCAGCGCCAUGUCAACUUCUUCACACCUCGAGAGCUUGCCUCCGAAGGUCCUGCUGACUAUGACCAGGUUGCAGUGCAUGCUGGAGAGCAAACAAGAGCGCAUCGCCGCCCUAGAGCGCCAGGUGGAAGAUCUGAUGCAGGACCGCAAGUUCCUACGGAGUCAGAUUGAGAACCUGACCAGAAGUCGCUCCUUUGCACCACCUGGUCCCGCCACUGAAGUGGCAAAAGCCAACAAAGGAGCUCACCCAGAGGCCAAAUCUCGAAAAAGAGACAGAGCGUCCUCGAGUUCUUCUGCCAGCGGCGAUAGCGGCUCUGAAGCGUCAGACUCAUCCGUCAUGUCUGCCGCUUCCAGUGAGCACAGAAGAAAGAAGCAUCAUAAGGAGAAGAAGAGGUCUAAGAAAGGCAAAGACUACUGCAGAAAGAGAGCCACCGGGGUGCAGUACGUCAUCCACCGCUACAAGCAGGUGCUCUCCGCUUUUAUCAAGAAGAAGAGCAUGAGCGAGGCCUUUCGCCACGUCUGCAUCGACCGCAACACCAUCGCUAACACGGCCUCCAUCGCCGAGCUCCACCUGGCUGGCAAGGACGUGGCGCCGCUAGUGGGCACGUUCCGCCCCGGCGAGGAAACACUGGUGAGCUAUGCUCAAAGGUGCACGCUGGCCAUUGACAGCGACGCCGACCUCUCGCGGAGGAUCGACCACAUGAAGGCCAACGGUCAGCUGCUGCCCAUCUCGGGGAAAAGGUCCAGAUUGUUGCAUUCUCACCUCCCACCACUAGGGGGAGUCACAGACAGCAUUUUGAUAGGUUGAUACUAUUCAGUCAUUAUAAUUGCAUUAUAUACCUCAGUUUACUCAUAUUUAAUACCCACACAUUUCCCUCUGAGUUUAUACUUUGUACACAGUCACGCAAUUAAAUUAUGUUUUGUAAAAUUGAAGACCGGUGUAGUACGUGACACAGCCAGCAGAUGGCAGUGCUUACACAUAACAUAAUGGUACUGUUUGUACCUUCUGGCCAAGAUGGUGGAUUUCACGUUGUUUCUUUGUCUGUAUUCUUAGCUGGCUUUUCUUUAAAAACUAUAAGUGAAAAUUAUUAAUAAAAGACU